CGCUCAACCCAGGCUUCCCGUUAGAUCGGGUCAAACUCUAAAGACUCACGUUGUCUGAGGAAGAAACUCAGAAGAGGAGGGAGAGGAAAGAAAAGGAGUCAGGAAUGGCUCUUUCUCAGGAACAGUUGACGUUUGAGGAUGUGGCCAUCGAAUUCACUCAGGAGGAGUGGGAAUGCCUGGAUCCUGCUCAGAAAGCCUUGUACAGGGAUGUGAUGCUGGAGACCUACAGGAACCUGAUCUCCCUAGAUAUCUCCCCUAUACAUGUGAUCAAGCAAUUACAACCCAAAGUGAACAGUGAUAAAGGAGAAGUAUUCCAAACACUGAUGUUGGGAAGACCUGAAAGCUGUAAAAUCAAACAUUUUCACCUGUGGGAAAUUCAGGAAAAUAUGUAUGACUUUGAGUGUCAGUGGAGAGAUGAUGAAAGAAAUUACAGAGGAAUGCCUUUAAUCUGCAACAAAAAUCUCACUGAUGGAAGAGAUCAACAUGGUAGAGGGGGUGCAGGAAUCAAGCCCUAUGGAAAUAGGCUUGGAUUAAACUUUGAGGAUAAACUGCAGAUAUUUCAGGCUGAUGGGAUAAUUUCUGAAUGUGAUGUAGUUGAGAGGUCUAUCAACAAUAGUUUCUCAUUUUCACCACUUCAAAGAAUUACUCCUAGUGUCCAAACCAAUGUUUCUAAUAUAUAUGGUAAUGAUUUUGUGCAUCCUUCAGUGAUGACACAAAACCUUAAAGCACACAGGGAAAGACCUUGCAAAUGUAAUGAGUGUGGGAAAGCCUUUCUUAAGGCCUCACACCUCAUUAAACAUCAGACCAUCCACACAGGAGAGAAAUUACAUAAAUGUGACAUAUGUGACAAAUUCUUUGGUCGAAGUUCACAGCUUGCACAUCAUAGGAAAAUUCAUUCCGGAGAGAAAUGUUACAAAUGUAAUGAGUGUGGCAAAACCUUUAACAAUGGCUCCACCCUUGCCAGACAUCAGAUAAUCCACCCAGGAGCAAACUUACAUAAAUGUGACGUAUGUGGUAAAAUCUUUGGUCAAAAUUCAUACCUUGUACGUCAUCGGAAUAUUCAUGCUGGAAAGAGAAGUUACCAGUGUAAUGAGUGUGGUAAAACCUUUACUGAAAGCUCAAACCUCGGUAGACAUCAGAAAAUUCAUACAGGAAAGAAAUUAUAUAAAUGUGAUAUGUGUGGCAAAGUCUUUAGCCAAAAUGCACACCUUGCUGGGCAUCGGAGGAUUCAUACUGGAGAGAAACCUUAUAAAUGUAAUGAGUGUGGGAAGCUCUUUAGUCAGCAUUCACAUUUCACAAGUCAUAAGAGAUUUCAUACUGGAGAGAAACCUUACAAAUGCAGUGAGUGUGGCAAGGCCUUUCGUGAGAAGGCAGUCCUUUUAAGUCAUCAGAGAAUUCAUACUGGUGAGAAACCUUACAAAUGUGAUGAGUGUGGAAAGGUGUUUAGUCAAAAAUCACAUCUUCGACUUCAUUGGAGAGUUCAUACUGGAGAGAAACCUUUCAAAUGUAAUGAGUGUGGCAAGUUCUUCAGUCGAAAUUCACACCUUACAAGUCAUCAGAGAGUACAUAUAGAGAAACCUUUCAAAUGUUUUGAGUGUGGGAAAGCCUUUACUCAGGUCUCAACCCUCACUAACCAUCAGAAAACCCAUACCUGAGA